AUGGUUUCCUUCCACCUCCUGGGCCUCACAUUGGCCGCCUUGGCCGGCCAGGCUGUGGCCGACUGUUCCCGCGACACGCUGCAAGCCGCCGCUGACGCCUAUCUCGCCGCGCAGGAGGCCGGCGCGAUUGCCGGCAGCGCCUUUCAGAAGCUGCUGGACCCGGCCGUGACCUACCGCCAGAACAACAAGGCCUCCAGCGCGAGCGCCGGCAUCUGGAGCAAGGCCUUGAAGCUCGACCACAACCGCACGACGCUCGACACGACGCAGUGCGCCUCCUACACGGAGCUCGUGUCGACGGCCGGCCCCUACGUCGUCGGCGUGCAGCUGCGGCACGCGUCGGCCAGCGACGCGGCGUCGCCCAUCAACGCGGUGGACGCCAUCGUGGCCACGACGGGCGACUGGGCGUUCAACGCGGCCAAGACGCUCAGCUACAUUGCGACGGAGGACUGGGGCACGCUGGCGGCUGCGGACCGCAGCCCGCGGGCGGUGCUGCAGGCCGCGGCCGACGCGUACCUCGACAUGUGGAGCAACUCGACGGCCAUCAACGCGGUGCCGUGGGGCUCGCCGUGUGCGCGCACCGAAGGGUCGAUGCACUUCAGCCCGUCGUGCACGGUGGGCGUACCGACGUCCGGCUCGGCGUCUGCCAAGAUCACGCAGCGGCGGUACGUGAUUGACGAGACGGUGGGGUCUGCUGACGUCUUUUGCUCGUUUGCCGGGGCGCUGCCGGACAGCCACGAGUUCCGGCUGAUUGGGGGCAAGGUGCGGCUGGUGCAUACGAUUACGGUGUAG